AUGGGUGUUAUCCAAGAAGUCAUCAUAAUGCCUAGCCAUGCAUUUAAUACGAGCGACGUGGACGAGACUGAUGCGCGAAUCGGCCGCGCACACGGUCUCCCCGCGCCGCCGAUCGGCGACCUCCCGUCAGCUAGGGUUCCUCUCCGCGCUCCUCCUCCGCGUCGCUCCGUCACGCUUGCGGAUCCAGUUCGGUUGGGCCCCUUCAUGCUCCUCUCUCCCCUCACGCCCUACGUGCAGGAGCUCGGAUCCGCGCACGCGAUGGUCGGAGUCAUCUGGCUCGUGGCCCCUCUCGGCCUCAUCGUGCAGUCCCACUCGUCGGUCACUUCAGCGAUUCGGUGCACUGCGACGAUGAUCGCGCUCUCAGUGCUGCUUAUCGGUCACUCCGCUGACGUCGGGUGGUUGUUUGGGGAUCGGGAUGGUAAGAUACGCUCACGUGCGAUCGGAGUGUUUGUCGUAGGGUUUUGGCUUCUUGAUGUUGGGAACAACGCUACUCAGUCGCCGUGUAGAGCUCUGCUUGCCGAUCUCACUGGCAAGGAUCACAGAAGAACUCGGGUAGCUAAUGCUUAUUUUUCACUCUUCAUGGCAUUGGGAAAUGUGCUUGGUUAUGCUAGUGGAUCUUAUAGUGGUUGGUUUACUCUUUUACCCUUCACUGUCACAAAAGCUUGCAGCGUAAACUGUGCCAAUCUCAAGUCUGUUUUCCUUAUUGACAUUGUUCUUCUUGCCAUAACUACAUAUAUUAGCGUAUCAUCAGCCAAAGAAGUCCCCUUAACUUCUGACAGUGGGGUUGCACAUUCUGCUGAAGGACCAGAACAGGAACCGUUCCUCUGGGAGUUAUUUGGUGCUGUCAGAUACUUGCCAUGGCCUAUUUGGACAAUUCUGAUUGUUGUUGCACUUACGUGGGUGGGAUGGUUUCCAUUUAUUCAAUUUGAUACUGAUUGGAUGGGUCGAGAGAUCUACAGAGGAGACCCGAACAAUGGGCAAAAUUAUCAUUCAGGAGUUAGGAUGGGAGCUUUUGGCUUAAUGUUGAAUUCCAUCAUUCUUGGAGUUACUUCAGUGUCAAUGGAAAAACUCUGCAGGAAGUGGGGAUCUGGCUUGGUAUGGGGAGUCUCAAGCCUCAUCAUGACUUUCUGCUUUAUAGGAAUGCUUAUAAUAGCCUUUAUUGCAAGCAAUAUUGAAUAUUCAAGCAAAGGACUCCCUCCAAAUGGCAUCAUUAUUGCUUCACUCGUUGUUUUUGCAGUUCUUGGGGCGCCUUUAUCAGUUACGUACAGUCUUCCUUAUGCAAUGAUUUCUUCCAAAAUAGAACCUUUAGGGCUUGGCCAAGGAUUGGCAAUGGGCAUUAUGAAUUUGGCAAUUGUGAUACCUCAGAUGCUUGUAUCUCUUGGAAGUGGACCAAUUGACCAGUUAUUUGGAGGUGGUAAUUCACCGGCCUUUGCAGUAGCAGCAAUUGCUUCUUUUCUCAGUGGGCUUGUGGCAAUAAUUGGUCUUCCCCGACCUUCUACGACAAGGACAAGGGAAAGGACAAGGGAUCGCAGAUGAGCAUUUUGGAUAACAUUCCUGGAAAUUAUCUUGAGAUUCAGCAGAAGAAUUCCAGUGGUGCUGCUGAUAGGUGUUAUAACGCCUCUUUCCUCUUCUGCUGUUCUUCCAAGGGAUUUGGCAAGUUUCCUUGUUACAGCUAACUCUUGAUUGAGUUUUAAAUACGGUGAAUUGAUUUGUUGUACUUUUACCAUUCACAAAGUAGUGUUCAUAUUACAUCAGUUGGUUCUUCAAACAAACUGCAUUUGAUUCUUUGGCUUGGAACUAGCCUUUUGGGAUUACAUCUUUAUAUUCUUUAUAUUCUUCUCUUUCUGCUGAGGAGUCAAUGUUCGCGGUAUUUCACAGUUGUUUGUAAUAUCUCUUUGGGUAGCAUCUUUCAAUUACA